UGCCCUUCGCUUUAGCUACCGAAAUAGCAAACCAGAGAGAGAGAGGGAGAGAGAGAGAGAGCGCGCGAGCGAGCUGAGAUUUGUUUCAGUCGCCAUGGACGAAGAGUAUCAAAGCUCAGGGAAGAGGCUAAAAUGCGCUGAAUCGGAAGAAGAACAAAGCAAGCUUCCCUUGAAGCCAGACAGCUUCUUCUAUCCGAUGACGCCGUCGUCCAUCGUCGUAUCAGAUGCUUUGGAGCCUGACUUUCCGAUCAUUUACGUCAACACCGUAUUUGAGAUCUUCACUGGAUACCGUGCCGACGAAGUCCUCGGCAGAAACUGUCGGUUCUUACAGUAUAGGGACCCACGUGCACAAAGGCGACAUCCUUUGGUGGAUCCUGUGGUCAUUUCAGAGAUUCGGAGAUGUCUUGAGGAAGGAGUGGAGUUCCAAGGUGAGCUCCUCAAUUUCAGGAAGGAUGGCACUCCCUUGGUUAACAGGCUACAGCUCAAGCCCAUACAUGGCGAUGAUGGCAUUGUGACACAUGUAAUAGGCAUUCAGUUGUUCUUUGAAGCAAAUAUAGAUCUUAAUCGUGUCUCAUAUCCAGUUUUCAAACAGACUUCCAGCCAGAAGAGUGAUCAAUCAUCUGAAGAUUAUCUUGUGAAUGAGCAAGCUCCAAAACCUCAACAUGAUGACACAUGUGGGAUUCUGCAGCUAUCUGAUGAAGUCUUAGCCCAGAACAUCUUAUCACGCUUGACACCUAGAGAUGUUGCAUCUAUUGGGUCUGUUUGCAAAAGGAUCCGUCAACUGACAAAGAAUGAACAUGUGCGGAAGAUGGUCUGUCAAAAUGCAUGGGGAAGAGAAGUCACAGGUACUUUGGAGUUGAUGACAAAGGGAUUAGAGUGGGGGCGUCUAGCUAGGGAGCUGACAACACUUGAGGCAGUUUGUUGGAAGAAGUUUACUGUUGGGGGUGCUGUGGAGCCUUCACGUUGCAAUUUCAGUGCAUGUGCCGUAGGGAACCGACUUGUUCUUUUUGGAGGGGAAGGAGUAAAUAUGCAGCCAAUGGAUGACACAUUUGUUCUCAAUCUGGAUGCAGCAAAUCCUGAGUGGCGCCGGGUGAGUGUGAAAUCCUCCCCACCUGGGCGUUGGGGACAUACGCUAUCAUGCCUUAAUGGGUCAUGGUUGGUGGUGUUUGGGGGAUGUGGUAGGCAAGGAUUACUCAAUGAUGUUUUUGUGCUGGACUUGGAUGCUCAACAGCCAACAUGGAAAGAAGUCUCGGGUGGAGCUCCUCCACUCCCUAGAUCUUGGCACAGCUCAUGCACAGUGGAAGGCUCAAAAUUGGUUGUCUCAGGUGGAUGCACAGAUGCAGGCGUACUUCUUAGUGACACAUAUCUACUGGAUCUCAAUACAGACAAGCCUAUGUGGAGGGAAAUUCCCACAUCUUGGGCUCCUCCAUCUAGAUUGGGUCAUUCACUCUCAGUCUAUGGAAGGACUAAGAUUCUUAUGUUUGGUGGACUCGCCAAGAGUGGCCAUUUAAGAUUGAGAUCUGGUGAGGCUUACACAAUUGAUUUAGAGGAUGAUGAGCCACAGUGGAGGCAACUAGACUGUAGUGGUGUUAGCAGCAAAUCUGCAGUGGUUCCACCACCCAGACUUGACCAUGUUGCGGUAAGCAUGCCUUGUGGGAGGAUCAUUAUCUUCGGUGGCUCUAUUGCUGGUCUGCAUUCUCCUUCUCAGAUAUUCCUUCUGGAUCCUUCUGAAGAGAAGCCAUCAUGGAGGAUUCUUAAUGUUCCUGGACAACCUCCCAAGUAUGCUUGGGGUCACAGCACUUGUGUAGUUGGAGGGACUCGAGUCCUGGUAUUGGGUGGGCAAACUGGUGAGGAAUGGAUACUAAAUGAACUGCAUGAACUGUGUUUGGCAAGCAUACCAGACUCAGACCAUGAUAUCAAGUCACAAACAUCACGGAACUACAUCAGUCUUGCAUAAACUGUCAUUAUGUAGACUUUUUCAGAGGCAGAUCCUGUAUUUUUUAGGCUACUUGAGGUUUUUUUUUUUUUUUCUUUCUGCUAUCUAGAAUGUCUUUACUGGUAUAUACUGUAUGUUUUAUUGAGUUGGAGUUGUUUUGUGAUGCAUGACAGAUGCUAUAUGGAUUCAUGUUUCUCAUGUGACCCUCAGAGGUGUAAAUAUGGUAUUUUUAUGUUGAUA